CACUCACUCAAUACUACACUCUCUGGCCUCUGCUCACUUACUUCACUACAAGCUUUUGUAUUCUCUUCUUUCUUUCUUUCUGUUGGCCCUCUCAGUCUCCACCCUUCCCCUGAAAGUCCUCUUCAAAAAGCCUUCUGCGAAGGAAAAGAACCCCACUCAGCGGAAAUCAUGGUCUGCAAUGGAAAGCCAUUUGCUCUGUUCAUCACCUUCUUCACCACCUUGUUCCUUUCUUCAGCAUUUCCGGCUACCUUCUCCCAUGCCUCUUUGCCCCCAGCUGGGGCGCCGUCUGUGGAGUUUCCAUGGCGGACGGUGAGGUCGGCACUGGAGAUACCGAGUAGCAAUGACCCAGUUGAAACCUCAACACUUGCGUUAGCAGCUGAACGGACUUACAGAAAAGACCCUCUUGACGGCUUCAAGCGUUACGACCGUGGCUGGAAUAUCAGCGACCGCCAUUAUUGGGCUUCUGUAGGAUUCACGGGAGCGCCACUGUUCGUGGUAGCUUUAAUCUGGUUUCUGGGUUUUGGACUCUGUUUACUACUUGGAUGCCUCUUCCAUUACUGCUGCAAAAGGCAGCUCCAUGGCUACUCUCGGAUCGCUUAUGCCCUUUCUCUCAUUUCCCUCGUCCUCUUCAGCAUUGCUGCUGUAAUUGGGUGUGUUGUGUUAUACAAUGCUCAGGGGAAGUUCCACAAGAGCACCACUAAGACAUUGGACUAUGUUGUAAGCCAGGCGGAUUCCACGAUCGAGAAUUUAAGGAAUGUGUCGGACUAUCUGGCUUCAGCUAAGCUACUUGGAGUUGAUCAAGUUUUCCUGCCUUCGGAUGUACAAACUGACAUUGACCAGAUUGGAGGUAGAAUCAACUCUUCUGCUAGUCUUCUCGAUGAGAAAUCGUCCGAAAAUUCCAGUGAUAUACAAGACCUUCUUGAUUCUGUGAGGCUGGCUCUCAUUGUUGUAGCUGCAAUUAUGCUUGUCUUGACAUUCCUCGGAUUUAAAGUUUCAAUCUUUCGCAUUAAAAUGUCAUUUUGCAGCCUAGUUGUGCUUGGAUGGAUACUAGUUGCAGGCACAUUCAUCUUGUGUGGCAUAUUCCUUCUUCUUCACAAAUACUCUUCUUUUGAUCUUUGUUUUGUCAAUCUGCAACCUAGUGUGGCGGGCGAUGCUUGCGUUGCAAUGGAUCAAUGGGUGCAAAAUCCGGCUGCUCACACAGCACUAGACGAGAUCUUGCCCUGUGUAGACACCACAACUGCACUUGAAACCUUGGCAAAGAGCAAGGAAGUGACCUCCCAACUAGCUGAGGUAGUGAACCAGGUGAUCACCAACAUGUCCAACAUCAACUUCUCCCCAAACUUCAAGCCUCUCUACAUCAACCAAUCCGGACCCUUGGUCCCAAUCCUCUGCAACCCAUUUCACGCGGACUUGACUGAUCGCGCCUGCAGCCCUGGCGAAGUCGACCUCAACAAUGCCACACAGGUUUGGAGUGGCUAUGUGUGCCAGGUCUCCGCAGCAGGAAUAUGUGAAACCACGGGUCGAUUGACACCGACUAUAUACAGCCAGAUGGAGGCUGCAGUCAACGUGAGCUAUGGAUUGAUCAACUAUGCACCAUUCUUGGUGCAGUUGGAAGACUGCUCAUUUGCUAGGCAGACAUUCAGUGAGAUACACAGGGAGCAUUGUCCUGGACUGAGGAAGUACAGCAGGGAGAUAUAUGUAGGGCUGGUGAUAGUCUCCACUGCAGUUAUGUUGUCUUUGAUCUUCUGGGUUAUCUACGGCCGAGAAAGGCGGCACCGGACGGGUGGAAAGCAGGAGCAUGAGCAUCAAGCUGAAGACAGGGCAGCUCAUCAGGAGGUGGUGGAAGAAGGUGGAGAGAUCAAGGAGCACUGAAGGUUUCUUUCCUUUUGGGAGCUUAAUGUGGUGAUGUAUAUUUCAGUAGUAGGGGCAGAUUUGGGUUUGAACGAUUAGAAUUGGGGGAAAUGAUUUUGAUACUCUUUCCACGGAUUUGUUGGUUGUGGACUUGUGCUGCCCCUGUAAUCAAAUUGGGAUUAGGUCCUUUGGAUUUUAUUUUGCCUUGAGAAGGCGGCCCAAGAGAGGGCCCAUUGGGUCGGCGAUCGUGACCCAAUAUAUAUAGGCUACGCCCAUUUAUCUAUGGUGAAGGGUUAGUGCUGUACCAGGAUUAAUCUCUUGCUUUGGCCAUAAUCAUAAAA